AUGUUUGCAGUAUUUUGCCAGACCUCAGGGGUCGACCAGAGCGUGCGCCUGGACAACGUCGUCGCCUCACUUCCCCCGCUGACUCCGGCACGGUGCCCGGUCUCUCACAUCCCUGCUUCGAAUGCCGGGCCCUGGGGCCCGAGCGCGCGCGCAUCGUUCAUCGGGCGGGCCGCACCCCGCGGGCGCAGCCCUGCGCCGCUCGCCGCGGCCGCCUCCGACGGUCUGAGGGUGCGCAGCUCCGUCCGUCGUCCACAAAAGCAGUGGUCCCGUUCGAUCUGGUCGAGCCGCUUCGAUGUCGACUCCGUCCAGCUCGAUGAGCCUGGUAUACCCUCUUAG